AAUAUGCAAGUGUCACUAGCUGAAGCUUUGGAGGUGCGAGGAGGUCCAUUGGAAGAGGAGGAAUUAUGGGCUGUAUUGAACCAAAGUACUGAAAGCUUGCAACAGCUGAUGAGAAAAGCGGACCCUGCAAGUCUUAGCUUCAUUAUCUCCCCCUGGUCUCUGCUGCUGCUGCCCUCUGGGAGCAUAACCUUCACAGAUGAAAAUGUUUCCAAUCAGGACCUGCGCGCUUUCACCGCACCAGAGGUGCUACAGACCAAGUCCCUGUCAUCUCUUGCAGACAUUGAAAAGAUUCACAUUUAUUCCCUUGGAAUGACCUUGUACUGGGGAGCGGACUAUAAUGUACCUCAGAGUCAGCCUAUCAAACUGGGGGAACGCUUGAACAGUAUUUUGCUGGACAUGUGUGAUGACAGUUGUAUCACAAGGCUGACUACACGCACUGUUUUAGAUGGCUGCAGUGCCUACAUUCGCAACAGCAACUGUGCACCUUCCUUUUAUUACAUCAAACAGCUGGUAAAGCUAGUACUUGGCAGCCUAACUUGGCUGGAUCAGACGGGCACCAAGGUGAAGGAACCUGAUCGCAGCCAGGCAAUCCGUGACAGACUGCGAGGGAAAGGUCUGCCCUCAGGAAGUUCCAUAGAAUGUGAUGUCAGUGCUAACGCAGUUUCACAGCAGAACUUUCUUAACCGAGGCCUCAGCAAGUCCAUGGGUUUUCUUGCAUUCAAGGAUCUUCAAGAUGAAGAUGACAGUUUUCCAUCAUUGGAACUUGGCUCCACAUAUGAGGAUAUAGCAAAAUCACGUUGUGCUUAUGGCUAUCUCCAAUCUAAACAUUUAGAAAGGAAAGUCAGUGAACGCAGUCAAAGGAAAAAAAAUUGGGCCUCCUCAUUCGAUGUAUCGUCUAUGUCCAGCCAGGGCACAGAAAGAAGAUUGUCUGCUGUAAACCCUUACAAACGGAAUGUAUCGGAAACUUUGAAUGGUCGAGUUACAACCAUGGCGAAAAUGAAGAAUCUCAGGCAGUUAAGUGAUGCAACUGAUGUUUUUGGCAAGCAGAAAAUGGACCAAGCAAAACAUGGCCCAGAAGUUCCAACCUCUCUUGCAAUUUCAAGUGCUUUGGAAAGGAUUAGAGAAAAGAAGAAAAAAUUGCAAAUACUGAGAGAUGCCAUGGACAUAGAAGAACCUGGAAGAUUGCUCCAGUUGUCCCACAGUGAUGACUAUAGCACAUCCAGUGAAAGUCCAUCAACUGUGUCAUCAGACCCAGAAUUUAGGCAAGGGAGGAAACCAGAAGGACUGAGAGGAUAUGAUUCAACAGGGGUCCUUGCAGGAACUGAAGAAUCCCAUCGUGCACAGCAUGUCUUAAGCCCAAAGUAUGAAACUCUUCCAGAAAGAGGCGAUCUCAAUCAAGAAAUGCGUAAACGGCAGGAGGAGGAUUUGAUUCAAAUGAAGGCCAAAAUGGCUUAUAAACAGUCAAGACUAAACUUGUAUACAGGCGAUAUGCAUCGGGCGUCUAUGUUGGACAUCACGAGGGAUCCAAUGCGAGAAAUUGCCAUGGAAACAACUAUGACACAAAGAAAAUUAAGGAAUUUUUUUGGACCAGAGUUUGAAAAGAUGACUCUUGAACCAUGUGUGUCACUAGAUCUCCCACGCUCCAUUUUGACCAAAAAGGGAAAGAAUGAUGAAGUUCGACGUAAAGUAAACAUCAUCCUCCUCAGUGGACAGAGGCUUGAGUUAACGUGUGAUGUCAAGUCAACAUGUAAAGAUGUGUUUGAUAUGGUGGUUGCUCACCUUGGGUUGGUUGAGCAUCAUUUAUUUGCCUUUGCAAUGCUUAAAGACACAGAGUUUUUCUUUAUUGAUCUUGACCAAAAAUUGUCCAAAGUGGCUCCUGAAGGCUGGAAAGAAGAUACUAAAAAGAAAGGCAAAACUGGGGUCAACUUCACCAUGUACUUCCGUGUUAAGUUUUUCGUGGAUGAUGUCAGUCUCAUACAACACAGCUUCACUCGUCACCAGUACUACUUGCAACAAAGGAAGGAUGUUUUAGAAGAGCGUCUACACUGUGACAAUGAAACGGCUUUGCUUCUGGCAUCCCUGGCCCUCCAAGCAGAAUAUGGAGACUACCACCCAGAUGUUCAUGGCUUAACCUAUUUUCGGAUGGAACAUUACCUUCCUGUUCGAGUAACGGAGAGACUGGAUCUUUCUUACCUUAAGGAAGAACUGCCCAGGCUGCAUAGUACCUAUGCAGGAGCCACAGAAAAGGAAACGGAAAUUGAAUUCCUAAAAGUGUGCCAGAGGCUUCAGGAAUAUGGAGUUCAUUUUCAUAGAGUGUUUCCUGAGAAAAAAUCCCAGGCUGGCAUCCUUCUUGGAGUGUGUCCUAAAGGUGUACUCAUCUUUGAGGUCCACAAUGGAGCAAGGACUCCAGUCCUGCGAUUCCCAUGGAGAGAAACAAAGAAGAUUUCUUUUACCAAGAAAAAAAUAAGUUUGCAGAACACUUCAGAUGGAAUCAAACAUGUUUUCCAAACGGACAGCAGUAAGACCUGCCAGUACCUCCUCCACCUCUGCUCUUCCCAGCACAAGUUCCAGCUACAAAUGAGAGCCAGACAAAGCAGUCAGGAGACACAAGAUAUUGAGAGAACAUCCUUGUGGAGCUUGAACAUCCAGGCAGAAUCUCUCCGUGGACUUGGCAUAGCUAGGGCAAUCAGUACAACUAGCCUGGCAAGCAAUACUUUGAAUAGGAUGGCCAUAAGACCUGUAUCUAUCCAGCCUGACCUUCUGAAAAGACUCUCUUGCUCUGAUUUGUCAGCUCUUCAAACACAUCUAGGAAAUGGACCCAAGGACAGACAGACUAAGAAUCCCUGGGAAGACCGGCCUCGAGUUAUUAGCAAAUCUUAUCAUGACCUCAGUCAAGUUUCUCAGUCUCCACAAAGGAGGAUGCUUAAUACUAGGAUGGAGAGUCCCCCUAAUACACUGGAAGAAUUGAUGAGCCAGGCAUCUUUUCAUUAUAUGGCAAAGUCUGAUACAGAGUCAGUGACUGGAUUUGGGAAACUUAAUGAGUCAAAAUCAUUCUCUGGAAUUAAUAGGAACCUUGAUUUGCGGAAACCUGAAUCAGACUCCUCAUCUAUGGAUGAUAGUGGUCAUGCCUAUGUUGUAGGUGUCAGUAUGCAUAGUCUCGGAACUCCUUCUUCACCCAACCUUUACAAAGGAAAUGCUGCGUCGCCCUUUGUGACCGACAGCCCACUACUGACUGCUAACAUAACCCCUGGCUUUUUCACUACUCCUUCAGAAAUUGUGCAGAACAAAAUGUCUGGAUCUACCCCUGAAAGAGAGAUAAAUCUGGUGAAGUUAAAGAAAGAUCCCAAAUAUGACCUUGGGUUCCAGAUCAUGGGUGGAGAGACAACAGGAAAACUAGACCUAGGAAUAUUUAUAAGCUCAAUAACACCAGGGGGGCCAGCUGACCUAGAUGGAUGCUUAAAACCAGGGGAUCGCCUUAUAUCCGUGAACAGUGUAAGUCUAGAGGGGGUGAGCAAGCAGAUGGCACUAGACAUCCUUCAAAACUCUUCUGAGGAUGUCACACUUCUUGUGUCUCAACCAAAAGAAAAACUUCCCAAAGAACAUCAAUACAAUAGGUCUUGUAAAGAUAAUGAAGCAGAAUCUUCAUGUGAUGAACAUAAAAGUUUGCCUGGAAAAACAAGACUUUUCUCUGGAAGCUCUUCUGGAAUUUCUGCGGGAAAACGAGAAGGAAGCUUAAGCUCUCAAGAUUCACGGACAGAGAGUGCAAGCCUUUCUAACAGUCACAUCUGUGGUCUCAUGAGGAACCUGUCAAAGGAUCAGACCACAUCUUUGUCAGCUUCUGCCAAGAACUCUCCAUCAGUCAGUGCUAAAGUUAGUGACAAGAGAAAAACUCAGUCAGACUGUCUUAAAGAAAAGGGGAAAAGUCCAGGACUCACUGAUUCUACAGACUAUUCUGAUAGAGGGGACUCUGACAUGGAUGAAGCUACAUAUUCUAAUAGCCAGGAGCAGCAUACAAUAAAGAAGGAACAGUCUUUGGAAAGCUCAUCACCAACAAUAGGCAAGCUUUCACCUACACCUCUUAAACCAGGAGAUGUCUUCACAGUUGUGUUGGCCAAGAAAGAUGACAGUUUGGGGAUAAGUGUCACGGUACUGUUUGACAAGGGGGGAGUAAAUACCAGCGUGAAACAUGGAGGCAUCUAUGUGAAAGCAGUAAUACCAAAAGGAGCAGCAGAAGCUGAUGGCAGGAUACAAAAAGGUGACCGGGUGCUGUCUGUAAAUGGAACCAGUCUGGAGGGCGCCACUCAUAAGCAAGCAGUGGAGAUGUUGAGAAAUACUGGUCAGGUGGUAACGCUGCUGCUUGAAAAAGGGCAGCUCCCAGCUGUUAACGUCCAUGCCCCCGUCACUCCUCAGUGCACCCAACCUAACCAGGCAGAUGCCAGCAAGCUGCAGAACAAAAAGACUACUACACCCACAGAAUACAGCUUUGUUACUGACGAAAAUAUGUUUGAAGUCAAACUGGUGAAGAAUAGCUCUGGGUUGGGCUUCAGCAUUUCUCGUGAAGAAAACCUCAUUCCUGGUCAGGUAGGAUCAAGCAUAGUGCGGGUGAAGAAGCUCUUCCCAGGUCAACCAGCUUCAGAAAGUGGCAAAAUAAAUGUUGGCGAUGUGAUCCUUAAGGUGAAUGGAGCUUCACUGAAAGGACUUAGUCAGCAGGAAGUCAUUUCUGCUUUGAGAGGAACCUCUCCAGAAGUCACCUUGCUGAUGUGCAGGCCGCCCAGUGGUUUAUUGCCAGAGAUCAGUUCUGUAAUCCAGACACCAUUGAACUCCCCGCAGCAAACUACACCACAAGGCAGCAAGAGUGGUGCUAAUCAUUUCUUUGCUCAGGAUCCAGAGGAUAUCUCCGACCAUGAUGACAGUGAGGAGGUCAAUGACACAAGUGCUAGGAGGCUAAAAAACCCUUCUAGGAGGGAUAGCUAUAGUGAUAGUAGUGAGACGGAUGAUGAAGACUUUAUACCCGUACAAGAGGAGACAUCAGCAUGGAAUGCUACAGUCUACCAGACACCUAAUGCUUCGCGGGCUGCGCCCCACACCCAGUGUGAUACCUCUGACAUCCAGGAAGAAACAAUUCGUUCCAGCUUUUACACUCCAGAGCAGACUCCUUAUAAACCACAGCUAGCCGACAGCAGUCCUCCUUCUCCAGUUUCACUAGAUGUGACCCCAACCCACAGUGCCAGUAUUCCUCCGGUCCUCCUUUCUGAAGAGUACUUAUCUAAUUCUAAGACAUUUGUUGAUGACCAGUCAGCAUUUAAUCUAGGACUGAAGGACUUGGAAGACUAUGAGCCAGAGGUGGAGCUUCAUGUCACACUGACCAAAUCAGAGAAGGGGAGCCUAGGAUUUACCGUAACCAAGGCCAGUGACUGCAUUGGAUGUUAUAUUCAUGAUAUCAUUCAAGAUCCUGCCAAAAGUGAUGGACGUCUACAGCCUGGGGAUCGGCUUAUAAAAGUUAAUGAUGUAGAUGUGUCUAAUAUGAGCCAUACUGAAGCAGUGAAUCUACUGAGGGCAGCUCCAAAAACUGUCCGCCUUGUACUUGGCCGUGUACUGGAGAUCCCUAAGCCACAGGUGCCUUCUCAUCUCCUGCCUGAUAUUACGCUUCCAUGCAACAAAGGCAUUCUGGGUCUUAAUCUCUCUGGAGGUCCAAACAGCCCUUCCCAGGUGAUAUAUGUGGAAGAUAUCAAACCAGGCUCCGUGGCUGAUCAGGAGGGAACCUUGAGACCACUAGACAUCAUACAUUACAUAAAUGGAGAAAGCACUUCAAACAUGACACUAGAGGAAGUAAAACAUAUUCUGGAAUCUUCUCUUCCAGUAGUAGUUUUGAAGGCUACCAGGGAGGGAAAUCCAGUGGUUCCAAGCAAUAAAAACCUUGUUAACGUGGACUCAAAACCCAUCCAAAUUAAUGGUUAUUCAAGCGGAGAGCGUCUGAAGCACAUAAAAGACAAUUCAGAUGUGUAUGCUUCAGAGGCCAGAUUAUUCCAUGUUGUUUUGGAAAAGCCUCUAUCUGGAGAGCUGGGAUUUUCCCUGGUGGGAGGCGAAUAUGGGAUAUUUGUCAAGUCCAUCAAUCCUGGGGGUGUAUCUGACAUAGAGGGGAGCUUACAGGUUGGAGACAGAUUACUUAAGGUCAAUGGUGAAUGUAUGAAAGGAGCUACACAUGGCAAAGCAGUGUCUUGUAUUCGAAAUGCUAAAGGCCUUGUACAAAUGGAAGUUGCCCGUGAACUAAUGCCAAAAGAAGCAUCGCUUGCUUUAGACAAGUGUAACGGAAACUUAGAGCUCCAUGAGAGCAAUAACAAUUACUGUGAGGACGAUGAGGAGGAUCAGAAUGAUGUUAUACAGUCCCUGCUUGACGUUGUCCAUGAACAAACACAGAACCUUCUGCAGCUUAGUCGUCAGAAUGCACUUUCAGAAGACAACUAUUCAGUGGAUCAAACUGAAGAAGACAUAGAUGAAAAAGCAGAAGACACAGAUUGUGAUGAUUUCUCAUUACCGGAUGACUCUCCUGAGCCAGGUAACGUGAAUGGCUUGGGAUCAUACAACAAUAUUAAUGGGAAUGAAAGAUCUCCAUCUCAGUCCAACUCCGUGAAGCAAGGGAAAGGUGAAACGAAGAGUUAUGACGUGAAAAUAGAGUCCAGUUUGCUGGAUCGCUUCAGAGUGACAAGUGAAAAGCUGUCCUCGCUUCCGCUAGUCCAAGUGAUGCCAUUGGGCCGGUACUCGGAAAAUAAGUUGAAGAGUGUUAUACGUCAGAUACACAGUAUGCUGGAACAAGGCGUGCCCGCCAAGGAGUUUGAGGAAUUACAAGAUUUAAAACCACUGGAUGAAUGCCUUAUAGGACAAUCUAAAGAUAACAGAAAGAAAAACAGAUACAAGAAUAUCCUUCCAUAUGAUUCUACAAGAGUACCACUUGGUACAGAGGAUGGCUAUAUCAAUGCAAGUUACAUCAAGAUGCCAGUGGGCAAUGAGGAAUUCAUAUAUAUUGCCAGCCAAGGACCACUUCCAAGUACAGUUUCGGAUUUUUGGCAGAUGGUGUGGGAGCAGAAAGCCACAGUGAUUGCCAUGAUGACCCAGGAAAUGGAAGGUGGGAAGAUAAAGUGUCAGAGGUACUGGCCCGAUGAGCUACGCAGACCUGUACGGAUAACCAGUGAACUUCAGCUUACACUAGUAAAAACACAGCAGCUGGAAAGUUUUGUCUUGCGAGUUGUGGAAUUACACGAUGUUCAGACUGGAGAAAAACGACAUAUUGCCCAUCUGAACUUCACUGCAUGGCCAGAUCAUGAUACCCCAACUGAUCCAAACCAGCUCCUCACAUUCAUCUCCUACAUGAGAUAUAUCUACAAAUAUGGACCUAUUAUCACACACUGUAGUGCAGGCAUUGGCCGCUCCGGCACACUUAUAUGUAUUGAUGUCAUGCUGGGUUUAAUCAGCAGGGAUUUAGAGUUCAGUAUCUCAGAUUUGGUACGAACAAUGAGGCUUCAGAGACAUGGGAUGAUACAGACAGAGGAGCAAUACAUGUUUUGUUAUCAAGUGAUCCUCUAUGUCCUGCAAAGACUGCAAGCAGAAGAGAACCAGUAAUGGAUCAUAUAAUCUCUGAAUUUAGAUACGGGUCCUAAUGAAAGGGCCACUAGUUAAUGAACAAGAGCUGCAUUUUAGUAGCUUACUUAUACCAAGCUCGCCAGGUAUCAGCUCCAGUGGAUGCCAAGAGCAGUUGUUUAUACUGCUGUUUUAUAUUGUUUGGGUUGAAAGAGGUUAUAAAGACAGUAUUUUAAUGCACAGACACAUGUUACAGUAGUAUACAUGGUACUUAAUAUGGUACGCCUGUAUAGUCACAGAUAACUUUUUUUUCCAACAAUUUUCGCAAUCAAAAAAUUAGUUUUGUAGUUGACACAUAAAAACGGUGUUUAAAAAUAAUUGUUUCUAUAGACCCCAGAUUAGUAAGUUUAUUGUAAGUAUUGCAUACAUUUCAUAACGUUUACUUAUAUAGAGUUUUAUUACUAUUUAUAUACUUUUACAAAAGGAUACAAGACUACCCUGUGCCUGGCUGUAUGUAUUGGCACGCUUGUUCUCUACCCUGUAAAUAAACGGUGCACAUUACAAUGUA